AUGGACAUGAGCGCAGGUGGGCAAAUGUCAAAACCAUCAAAAGGAAGCAAAAAUUACGAUGAGGAACCCCUCCAAAGAGCCCCUUACAAAAAACCUCCAUUCACAAUUGGGGAUCUCAAGAAAGCAAUCCCACCGCAUUGUUUUAAUCGCUCCAUCCUUCGCUCUUUCAGUUACCUUUUAUACGACCUAACUAUUUCCUUCAUCAUGUACUACCUCGCCUCUCGUGGUGUUUGGGUUAUAGCCCAUGAAUGUGGCCACCACGCCUUCAGUAACUACCAAUGGGUCGAUGACACCGUUGGGUUUCUAUUACAUUCUUCUCUCCUUGUCCCUUAUUUCUCUUGGAAAUACAGUCACCGCCGCCACCAUUCCAACACCGCUUCACUUGAACGUGACGAAGUCUUCGUCCCUAAACUAAAAUCUAAUCUCCCUUCAUUAGUUGUCUACCUAAACAACCCACCUGGUCGAGUCCUUUAUAUCUUGUUCGUCCACACCCUAGGCUGGCCUCUGUACCUAAUGUUCAACUAUGCUGGCAGGAACUACGAUAGGGUUGCAUGCCACUUUUACCCAAACAGCCCUAUUUACUCGAAAAGUGAACGUGCUCAGAUCAUUGUUUCUGAUUUUGGGGUCGUUGUUGUCACUUACCUCCUCUAUAAUCUAGUAAUGACCAAGGGACUCACAUGCGUCUUCUGUAUGUAUGGCGUGCCUAUGCUCAUUCUAAACACUUCACUUAUUUGUGUUACAUACUUGCAUCACACGCACUCUUCCUUGCCCCACUAUGAUUCAACGGAAUGGGAUUGGUUGAGAGGAGCUCUUGCAACAGUCGAUAGAGAUUAUGGGAUCUUGAACAUAUAUAACAGGCCACAACAUCACUAA